ACUACAAAGUGAAGGGUGAAGUGCUGCUCUACGAUACUCUUCAUGGCAGUUGGGAUGGCUGAGAGGCUCGCAAGAUGGACGACAUCAUUCUUAACCAGUUGAACAAGGAUGGUCAGAAAUGCACUCCGUGAUUAUCGAGAGAAAAGCAUUAUGCCAAGCAGGACUACGACUCAGGAACUUCCUCUGAAGCAAAGAAUUAUAAACACGCUUUGCAAAACUUCACCAGGACAAGAGGGUUUGAUCAUCCACAAACUGAACAUGACUGUUGAUCAUGAAGAUGAGGUGAACAAAGUGCAGAAACUGUCAAUAGGUUUACCAACAAACAGUCCAACAAAAGUUAUAUUAUUGGUAGGUGAGAGAGGUGCCUGCAAAACUACGGUAAUUAACGCUAUGGUUAAUUACAUCUUCGGGGUAAAUUUUGAUGAUAGUUUCCGUUUUGUUUUGGUAGACGAGAAGACUGACUCAGGGACAACAGAAGUUUGGAGUCAGACAGACUACAUAACAGCCUUCACUUUUCAUCAACAGCCAGGAAUGCCUUUUGACUACAGUUACAUCCUCAUAGACACUCCCGGGUUCUGGGACACACGAGGCAUCGAUCGUGAUCGCCAAAUAUUAACCCAGACUGAAAUACUCUUCAAGCAAGAGUUUGGAACUGACCCUGUAGCUGGUGUAGGUUUUGUGAUCCCUGCAUCCUGCACACGUCACACACACACACACAAAUAUGUGUAUGACAAUCUGGCUUCCAUAUUCGGUAAGGAUAUCAAAAAAUAUCUUCAUUAUGACAACAUAUGCUGACGCAAAGAAACCUCCCAUUGACGCAGCACUGGACGAAUCUGGAAUGGAAUAUGGCGAUGUUUAUCAAUUUAAUAAUGACGCUCUAUAUACCGGAAAUACAUUAGUAGAGUCAUCAGAAGAAAAUAACUCUCAUUGUGAUGACGAAGAUGAUAUAAGUGUAACGCUCUGGAAUAGGAAUUGGCAUAAUAUGACCAGCUUUUUCACGAAGCUUGGACAGACACUUCCUACCAGUUUUACUCAAACAAAAGAAGUCUUGCAAGAAAGACAAAGCCUACAGACUUCUUUGAAAGCCUUACGGCUCAAGAUUCAAGAGGGUUUUACAAAGUUAAAAGAGCUGAACGUGGAGAGGGGCAAGUUGGCUGAACUGAAUGAAUAUAUAAGAGGAUGUAAGGACUACCAGGUAAAAAUAGAUAUUCCCAAGAUAGAAGAAGUAUCUUUGCAUCCUGGGAAAUAUGCUGUGAACUGUCUGAAAUGUAAUUUUACCUGUUACUAUCCAUGUCAUCUUUCAGACGAAAGUAUUGUGAACAGUGCACCAAUGAGGAAUGGAAUGUGUGUAGCGUGUCCCGCUCAUUGUUACCAUGAUGUACAUUAUCUUAGUGAAACCAGGAAUAUCAGCACCAUUGUUACAAAAGUCGUAACAGACCAUAAACUGAUGAACCGUCAUCAAACGGCUACGGAAAGGAAGACGACAACAGAGAAGGUUAUUAAAACGAUCAGGGAUAAUAUCGCUAAAAAUUCUGAGUAUAUACUGAGCAAUAUUAAGCAGGUGCAGCUGCACGUGCAGCGGCUGCAAGAAAUAGCUCUCAAGCCCAACCCACUGCCCACCCUGACCCAUGUCGACCUCAUGAUAGAGAGUGAGCAGCAACAACAGCAGCAGCAGCAGCAGCAGCAGCAACAGCAGCAGCAGCAGCAGCAGCAACAACAACAGCAGCAGCAGCAGCAACAGCAGCAGCAGCAACAGCAGCAGCAGCAACAGCAGGAGCAGCAGCAGCAACCCAGCUCUGACGAGAGAUUAACACAGUUGAAGAACCUUAGACGAGACGUCAAGCUUCUAGACGCUGUUAGAGUAGAGUCGUGGAACACGCUCACCGGAGAACCUCUACUAAGAUACUUCCAACACGUUAUGAGUUAAUAAUAAUGAUAAUAAUAAUAUUAUUAUUAUUAUUAUUAUUAUUAU